AUGCUCACUCUGGCCUGGACUCCUCUGAGCAUCAAGCUCGCUAGGAGGUGUAUCUCAGGAGCCUGGGAACUGGCGUCCCAGCUGGAAGAGGCGACUCAAUCCUUUAACAGCCAGUGUGGAGGGAGAGGUCACGGUGGUCCCUGCUGGGGGGCUUAUGUAGAUAUUGAUAUUGCACAUAUUGAGCUGGGGGGAUUCCCUGGGGGGGGACUGGUCCCAUCCCCACAAAAGACCCCAAAGGCCCUCUUGAGCAUCUACCCAGGGAACCCACUGUUUUGCUUGAACAGACCAGAGAGGACACUUUUCAUGUUACUGCCUCCCGGGAAUGCUAACUGUGGGGACAGAAAUUCUGCUGUUGAUUAA